AUGAAAUUCUCUCUUUUUAUUCUCCCUGUGCUCCUUUCUGCCGAAAUCGGUAAAGCCAAAAAAGUAUGCAAGAAAGAAGCGAAGAGAUAUUUGAAUGAGUGUUUGGAGGAGUGCUCUGGAAUCUCGGACAGACGAUGUAUAUCAGAAUGCAGGAAAGACAUGAAAGCAAUCAAGAAUAGCUGCUUUGAAAAACUUGAUGAACAAAAAGCCCAAGAAGAUAAGCAAGAGAAAGUAAAACAAAAGAUAAUAAGCAUUCUCCAAGGAAACCCGGAAUCACAACCAGUUGAGCCAGAAACCGAAAAAGAAACACAAAUUCAAUUAUUUGAACAAGAGGCGGAACUUUUGGCAAAAGAAGAUGAGAUUGAAGUUUUGCGCUACCACAAAGAACAGCUCGAAAAGAAACUUGCAGCGGAGGCCAAACAGGAGUCAGAUUUGCUGGCAGAGCAGAUUGCAGUACUUUUGCAGCAGAAGAAAGAACUUGAUGAUUUAGCAGAAAUAAGAUUCCCAUCAACUACUGAAACUAUGACAACAACGACCACAACGACUAAAAAGUCCGGCUUGAAGACCUUUGGAAAACAAAUUUUUGUCAUUCUUUUGACAGUUUUUCUUUGUCUCUACUCCGUUUGCUUGAAAAUAAUGAGAACAACACUACGAAAUCAUCACAACCGAAAAUUUGUCGCCUGA